AUGGCGACUGCUACACGAUCCGUCACAUUGCCUUAUGUCCAGGAGAAGGAGACGGGAGAGUCUUUGGAAUGGGCUGAUUUAGCCUCUCUUGACCUGUCCAAGUUUGAUCAACCUGGCGGCAAGCAGGAGCUAGCCAAAGCACUGACAAGAGCCAUUGAGGAAGUUGGAUUCUUCUACGUCAUUAACCAUGGUCUCAGUCCCGAUGAUAUCGACACACAGUUCGCCAUAGGCGCUUCCACUCUCUCCCUCUCCGACGAAGAAAAGACUCCCUACCGUGCCGCCCUCGAGAAAGGUGAUUACAACGGCUGGAAGCCUGCGGGAACCCGUGACCUUAUUCCAGGUGUGAAAGAUAAUUUUGAGAUAUACAACAUCCCAAAGUUCAAUGAGAACCACACUGAGCGCAAGCACCCAGCCCCAGUUACCGAACACCUUGCUACUAUUGAGAAGUUCUCCAGACAUAUUCACGACCACAUUGUCACAAAACUUCUCGUGAUCUUCGCUCUCGCACUGGAGCUUGAAGAUGAGAACUGGCUGGUAAAUCGUCAUCGCUACGAGCAGGAAAGCGGUGACCAUUUGCGUUAUAUGAAAUAUUAUCACCGCACGCCCGAGGAAAAUGAGAAGCUCGGCGGCGUCUGGCUCAAAGGCCAUUCGGAUAUGGGAAGCCUGACUCUACUCUUCCGCCAGCCCGUUGCUGCUCUGCAGGUCUUAGGCAAGGACGGUUCGUGGAAGUGGGUGCGCCCUCAAACCGACGCACUCACCGUUAAUAUAGCCGAUGCCCUCCAGUUCCUCACCAAUGGCUUUCUCAAAUCUAGCAUUCACCGUGUUGUUGCUCCGCCGAAAGACCAAGCACACAUUGAUCGCCUAGGGGUCCUCUAUAUGGUCCGUAUCGAGGAUGACAUCGAUCUCCUCCCCAUCCAGGAAUCUCCUGUUCUUCAGCGCCUCGGUCUCAUUGGAGACAAGGUUCUUGGAGAAGACGGUAAGCCUGUGAAGGCCGGCGAAUGGGUAAAACAGCGAGUCAUCCGUAACCUGGGCGCUAACACCGGCAGCGGAAAGGGUGACAAUGAGGAAGCUGAGGUGGAGAUUAUUAAAGGCGUCAGAACCACUUAUUACAACUAG